AUGGCGGCGGACGCCGUGAUCGUCGACGUCGCUCGAUCGGACGAACGCGACACCUUGGUGUGCACGCGCGCGUCGUCGUUCGCGGAGACGACGUCGAGCGGUGCGGCGACGCGCGCGGAUGACGGACGAUGGCUGGUGUCCGGUCGAGCGCUCGCGAGCGCGGGCGUUUUGGCGCUCGUCGCGGUCGUCGGGGCGCAUCACGCGUCGCGACGGGGCGAGACGCGCGUGGGAGGGCUCACGGACGCGUUCGCAUCGCUCGGUGACGGCGCUGUACCGAUGCUGAAACCCAAGGAGAGGCAUCCGCGGUUUGUGGGAUUCGAGUACGUCACGCGCUGCAUACCGGACGAGCACGUCGAGCGACACGCCGAGUUCUUUCAGCACGAGAUCACGGGGGCGACGCUGGUGACGAAGUGCAACAAUGGACACGCGGGCUGGUUCUGGGAGUUCAACCUGAGAAAUCCACACACCUCGUACGAGAUGGGGAAGAAGUUAGGCCCUCCGGGACACUGGGAGACGCGCGCGUACGUGGACAACACGUGCGAGUACGGGGUCGUGCUGCAUAAUGCUGCGGGAAAACGUCUUUGGGAGAUCGGUGGUACGAACAUGGACGCGCCGCUAGAGACGGCACCGGGGGACUGUUCGUCACGAACUCGAGGAGGUUCUAACGUCUACCACAACCGAGGAAUGUGGGACUCGCCGCAAAACAAUAGCGUCAAGUGGGUAUGGGGGACGUGCCGUCAGGAGUGCAGGAAGAGGUGUGAUGUGUACGCGCUGAAAGAUGACUUGCGCUCUCCCACAGGCAAUUUGCUGCGACAGCGCGAGCGAUACGCCAUACACCCGGAUUUAGCCGUCGGUGAUAGGGGACGACUGCACGCGGUGGGAAGUAAAAAUUUGCGCAGGAUCAGCGCCGGCUACGAAGAUAUUUGGGCGCGAGAGGACGGUAAUGAUGUGCAGCAGAUUCUCAACGUCCACGAUAUGAAUGAGACAAACUCCCCGUGGCACGACGCGUGGAAUUUGCGUGAACGUAAGGACGACGUCGCCGUAGGAAGGAAUAGCGUGUACUACAAGGAGGGGGCCGGAUUCAAGCGCGUCGAGGGCAUGUUAGAUGGCCACGGUGCGUGGCGAGAUAUAAAGAGUAAAAUUGCCGUCUGGGGUCGUGAGUACUUCGAGGCAGGAGACUGGUUUUGGAGUUCGCUUGGCGAUCGUCACUGGGCGUGCAAGUUGCCGUGCGAUGAAAAUUCUCAGGGGAUCCCCAAAAUUCCGUUCGUGGAGGGGGAGCGCGGCACACCCGAGUGUCACGCGAAUAAUGAGUGGAUCUUUUGUCUCGGCCCUACGACGAAGAAAGUGUACCGAACGCAAGUAAUCGUGAAUGCCUGGGACGAAGUCACGGGAGCAAAUUAUACGUGGGACAAUCCCCCGCAGAACGUGUGGACGCUCGUUCCGAACGCCACGGGGUAUUCCAUCGGGGUGGGCAAACUCGCAGUUUGGAUCGUUGACGACGCCACGCGCGAGGCACGUUACUGUCCACUCCCCUGCGCGUCGGGCGACUGGCGCGUCCCGGAAGCAUUUGCGGGCGAAAGACUCAUGUCCAUCAAACCUUCCUUGUUCGAAGAACAGUGA